AUGGUGCUCACCAUGGCCUCCGGCCAAGAGGACUCGCUCCUCCUGCUCCUCCUCCCAACCACCUCCCCACUCCCGCCCCUGCUGGCCGUCUUCCUCCUAGCCGCCGUCCUCCUAUGGCUCUCCCCCGGCGGCCCCGCGUGGGCGCUCUCCCGCACCCGGCGCCCGCCAUCGGGCCCGGCAGGCGUGGUCACCGCGCUCUCCAGCCCCGUGGCGCACCGCACGCUGGCGGCGCUGUCCAGCGCCGCAGACGGCGGCAAGGCGCUGAUGGCGUUCUCGGUCGGGCUGACCCGCCUCGUGGUGUCGAGCCAUCCCGACACGGCGCGCGAGAUCCUCGCCAGCCCCGCAUUCGGCGACCGCCCCGUCAAGGACGCGGCGCGGCACCUGCUGUUCCACCGCGCCAUGGGCUUCGCCCCGUCGGGCGACGCGCACUGGCGCGGGCUCCGCCGCCUCGCAGCCGCGCACCUCUUCGGCCCGCGCCGCGUCGCGGGCGCCGCGCACCACCGCGUCUCCAUCGGCGAGGCCAUGCUCUCUGACGUCGCAGCCGACAUGGCGCGCCACGGCGAGGUCUCCCUGAGGCGCGUGCUGCACGCCGCGUCGCUCAACCACAUCAUGGCCACCGUCUUCGGCAGGCGCUACGACCUGGCUAGCCCAGAGGGCGCGCUUCUCGACGAGAUGGUCACCGAGGGCUAUGACCUCCUGGGCACCUUCAACUGGGCUGACCACCUGCCAUUGAUCAAGUUCCUCGACCUCCAGGGCGUGCGCCGCCGGUGCAACAGGUUGGUCCAGAAGGUUGAGGUGUUCGUCGGCAACAUCAUUCAGGAGCACAGGGCGAGGCGCGAGAAUGGAGGAGUCGACGAGGAUGAGUUCAUGGCCGACUUCGUCGAUGUCCUUCUUGACCUCGAGGGAGAGGACAAGCUGUCAGAUUCAGACAUGAUCGCUGUUCUUUGGGAGAUGAUCUUCAGAGGCGCGGACACCGUGGCAAUCUUGAUGGAGUGGAUCAUGGCGAGGAUGGCGCUGCACCCGGACAUCCAAGCCAAGGCGCAGUCCGAGCUAGACGCCGUCGUGGGCACUCGCAGCCUCGCCGACGCCGACGUGGCGAACCUCCCCUACGUGCAGAGCAUCGUGAAGGAGACGCUGCGGAUGCACCCACCGGGCCCGCUCCUGUCGUGGGCGCGGCUGGCCAUCCACGGCGCGCACGUCGGCGGCCACCUGGUCCCCGCGGGCACCACGGCCAUGGUGAACAUGUGGGCGAUCGCGCACGACCCCGCCAUCUGGGCCGAGCCGGAGGAGUUCCGCCCCGAGCGGUUCCAGGAGGAGGACGUGAGCGUCCUCGGUAGCGACCUCCGCCUGGCCCCCUUCGGCGCCGGCCGCCGUGUCUGCCCCGGCAAGAUGCUCGCCCUCGCCACCACCCACCUCUGGGUCGCUCAGCUGCUACACAGGUUCGAGUGGGCCCCUGCGGCGGCCGGCGGCGGCGGCGGUGGCGUCCACCUGUCGGAGCGCCUCAACAUGUCGCUGGAGAUGGGCACGCUGCUGGUGUGCAAGGCCGUCCCCAGGUCCCAGCAGGCCUAG